AUGGCGGACUGCGGCCUCGGAAUCCCGCUUCCCAUCUGCAUUCAAUGCGGCACUGGUGAGUGAGCGUUGCGCAGAGCGUUGCUAUUCACACGCCCAACGCUCAUGUCUAUUACAGAUCAAAACCCUUGCCACGUCAAGAUUGUCGGUCCCACGCUUGGAUUCCUUACCGGCGUCGUGAUGGCUGUAAGAGAAGAUGGCAAAGACAUGGAAGGGAGCGAGAGCUGACAAGAGCAAAGGUCUUUUGCUGGCCAGCUUCGUUGCUGUGCUGUUGCUGCGCGACCGACGCAGGCAAGAAGUGAGUGAAACAGGCAAACCACCAGGGAGAGGGAUGAGUUGCUAACGGCCGGCGCAGAAUGCUUGGAGCUCCGGCAGAUACCUCACAGGCAGUCGGAAAUGCCAUACCCUUCUAG